UCUGAGACAAAUUUUGUCUCUGUCUAGCUCUGUAAUUAAUUAACUAAAGUGGAUCCAAUGAGAAGGUGAAAGUUCACCCAGGAGCAGGACGCUCGUAUCAUCUUGGACUGGGUUCCCCCAUCCACCACCCGCCGGUCCUGGUCUACAAAGAGGAGUCCACAGGGACCUUGUGAAGAAUCAGCAAGGCGGGCUCCAGUGGAGUCACGUGACUCUUCCACUCCGGGUCGCUCUGCCAGGAUGGGCAUACCCCAGCCCUGGGUCCUCAGCCUCUUGUUGGUGCUUCUGCCUCGGACCUGGGGCACUGAGCCCCGGCCCCCACUGCUGUACCACCUCACAGCAGUAUCCAACCCAUCCAAGGGGGUUCCUUCCUUCUGGGCCACAGGCUGGCUGGGUCCUCAGCAGUAUCUCAGCUACAGUAGCCUGAGGCACGAGGCUGACCCCUGUGGGGCCUGGAUGUGGGAAGACCAGGUGUCCUGGUACUGGGAGAAGGAGACCGUGGACCUGAAAGCCAAAGAACAGCUCUUCUUGGACGCCCUCGGGACCCUGGAAAAACACGUAAAUGGUAACUUCACGCUGCAAGGCCUGCUGGGCUGUGAACUGGCCCCCGACAACUCCUCACUGCCCACGGCUGUGUUUGCCCUCAAUGGUGAGGCAUUUAUGGAGUUCAAUGCGAGCGCCGGCAACUGGACGGGCGAGUGGCCUGAGACGGAGAUGGUAGGCAAUCUGUGGCUGAAGCAGCCGGACGUGGCCAAGAAGGAGAGCGAGUUCCUCCUGAUGUCUUGCCCUCAGCGGCUGCUGGGCCACCUGGAGAGAGGCCGUCGGAACCUGGAGUGGAAAGAGCCACCCUCCAUGCGCCUGAAAGCCCGUGCUGGCAACCCUGGCUCCUCCGUGCUGACCUGUGCCGCUUUCUCCUUCUACCCACCGGAGCUCAAGCUACGAUUCCUGCGCAACGGGUUGGCCGCGGGCUCCGGGAACGGCAGCAUUGGUCCCAACGGUGAUGGUUCCUUCCACGCCUGGUCACUGCUGGAGGUCAAACGUGGAGAUGAAGACCAUUACCAGUGCCACGUGGAGCAUGAGGGGCUGUCACAGCCUCUCACCGUGGGCCUAGAUUCACCUGCCAGAUCUUUUGUGCCCGUGGUUGGAAUCGUUCUUGGUUUCUUGGUGGUGUUGGUGGUUGCUGCAGGGGGCGUGUUGCUCUGGAGCAGGAUGCGCAGUGGGCUGCCAGCUCCAUGGCUUUCUCUCAGCGGUGAUGACUCUGGCGACCUGCUGCCUGGUGGGAACUUGCCCCCAGAAGCUGAUCCUCACGGGGCAAAUGCCUUUCCAGCCACUUCCUGAUGGCGGCUCAUCCUGCCGAUGCCCGCUGCAGCAUUUGGUGCUGAGUGACCUUCUGAAUUACUGGAGUCUCUGAGCCUCCUGAGGGAUCCCUGGACUGGACGUCCUCCCUGUAGUCCCUCUUUUCGUGGCCUUCCUCAGUUUCCCCUCUUAAUGUACAUGGCUCUUUUUCAUCUCCAUAUAAAUUUGGGCCCAAAUCUG